AUGACUGUAUGUACCGACCUUGAGCCAUUAUUCUUACGAGAAGCACACCUUUCCGCAAUGCAGUUACAAUACAAGCAAAUAAAGUGUAGACUGAAUGAUACUUCACUUGGACCACAGCAACCUUUGAAUCAAACUCGGUCGCUCAAAGAGAUAUUUGGUUUGGAUGUUAGCCAUUUUGGACGGUGGACUUCUCCAGUUGACAACACAAGCUCUUCAGAAUCAUCACAAUCCAACCUACAAGCUCAAAUCCUCGGAUAUCACAUGUGUCCUACCAACGAUUUCGGUCCCACCACAUCCUUGCUAUACUUCUAA